CAUCGGCCUUUCUUAGUAUUUAUACAUGUCAGGGAUAAAUAAAAAGUAGAAUUCGGUUUUUUUGUUUAGAAAGAAAAGAAAUUUAAACAGAUCAAAUCGUAAUUUCGUUUCGUAAAAUUAAUUUAAUAGUUCAAUAUACACAAAACAGUACCUUUUAAAAGAAAUUUGAGAUCAACAUAGAACAAGAAUGUUGCAGAGAGUUCUAGAAAUGUGUUUGUGUUUAAGCGUCAUCUUCAUUGUGUCAGGCCGGACAGCUGGUCAGACAGAGCCCUUUCUUGAAGAUGACACAAUAGACGAUACCAACUUUAUGGAGCUGAACAAGAGGGGGUGGGGCUUGCUUCGACUUGGGCGUGGUCUUCAGAUGCUAAGGUUAGGCAAGCGUGCUAACACCAGAUUGCCAGCGGGCUUGAAGCUAGAUCACAUUCUAGGUGACCACGAGGAAGUAAAGCAGCUGACCUCAAGCCAAGUCAAAGAUCUCGUCAACUACCUUUUCGACGACGAUGACGCUCGGGAUGACGUCAGGAGACAACCGCCACUCCCCAGAUAUGGCCGUGAAAGCAGGAGCCGAGCAGACGAUUCAGCCGACCUUGAACUCUAUCGUCAACUCUUAAGCAAGCUGCCCACGAGACAGAUCAAGCCGACCCCACGAGGAGGCCGCUACAGAAGAUCCCUGUCUGAUGACUACUUACUGCCUCUCUGGGCGAACUACCGCCACCUGGGCAGCAACGAAGUGCAAGCUAAAGCUGCUCUCCUGUCUCGAUUUGGACGACCCAAAGCAGACAAGAAUGACGUCGCGGUGAACGACCAAUCAAAAAAUUCCGUAGUUUGAACAUUUGAAUUUAAGAUUAAUGAAGUACAGCAAAUUUUUUUUUGUUUUAUUAAUAAAUAAAGAUAAUUAACAAAA